AUGUCGUCGUCGAAACAAGAAUCGUCGGAGUACGAGAUCCAGUACAGAUCGACGAUUCAGCCGCGAACCGCCGUUCGCAGUCAAUCGCGUCAAUCCGGCAACUAUGUUUCCGGUGGAUCCGGAGCCGCUUCUGGAGGACGUGUCCUGAAAAUGGUCACCGAAAUGGGAUCGGCGACGAUCGGUGGAAUCUCGCCGGCUCUUUCCGCCAAUGCCGCCAAGUCGUUCCUUGAAGCCACCGAUAAGGAAAAGAAGGAGCUUCAGGGCCUCAACGAUCGCCUCGGUAACUACAUUGACCGUGUGAAGAAGCUCGAAGAGCAAAACCGCAAACUCGUCGCCGAUUUGGACGAGUUGCGCGGCAAAUGGGGAAAAGACACGUCGGAAAUCAAAAUCAAAUACUCGGAGUCGCUGUCGACGGCGCGCAAAGACAUCGAUGAUUCGGCUCGCAGGAAGGCCGAGAUCGACGUGAAAGUCGCCCGCCUCCGCGAUGAUCUCGCCGAGUACCGAAGCAGAUAUGAGGACAUUCAGCACAGACGCGAAGGCGAUCGCGAGAAGAUCAACCAAUACACGAAUGCGAUAGCCGAUGCUCAAUCUGAGCUCGAGAUGCUCCGCGCUCGAUUCAAACAAUUGACUGAAGAGGAAAAGAGGUUGAACGGAGACAAUGCCCGAAUCUGGGAAGAGCUUCAGAAGGCCAGAAACGACCUCGAUGAGGAGACGAUUGGCAGAAUCGACUACCAGAAUCAAGUGCAGACGUUGAUGGAGGAGCUCGAGUUCCUUCGACGUGUUCACGAGCAAGAGGUCAAAGAGCUUAAUGCGCUUUUGGCUCAGGCUCCAGCUGACACUCGCGAAUUCUUCAAGAACGAACUCGCCCUCGCUAUUCGUGAUAUCAAGGACGAGUACGACUACAUUGCGAAACAAGGCAAGCAGGACAUGGAGUCGUGGUACAAGCUCAAAGUCUCCGAGGUCCAGGGAUCGGCGAACCGCGCCGCGAUGGAAUCGAACUACCAACGCGAAGAAGUCAAGCGAAUGCGCGACAACAUCGGCGACCUUCGCGGCAAACUCGGCGAUUUGGAGAACAAGAACUCGCUGCUCGAAAAAGAAGUCCAGAAUUUGAACUAUCAGCUCGCCGACGAUCAGCGACAAUACGAGGCGGCGCUCAACGAUCGCGAUGCGACACUCCGACGAAUGCGCGAAGAAUGCCAGACGCUCGUCGCCGAACUGCAAGCGCUUCUCGACACCAAGCAGAUGCUCGACGCCGAAAUCGCCAUCUACAGAAAGAUGCUCGAGGGUGAAGAGAGCAGAGUCGGACUCCGUCAGAUGGUCGAGCAGGUCGUCAAGACCCAUUCGCUUCAGCAGCAAGAGGACACCGACUCGACGAGAUCGGUGCGAGGAGAAGUCUCGACGAAGACCACCUUCCAGAGAUCGGCCAAGGGCAAUGUGACAAUUGCGGAAUGCGAUCCAAACGGAAAGUACAUCCUUCUUGAGAACACCAACCGAAACAAGGAUGAGAACCUCGGCGAGCACAAGAUCAAGAGAAAGUUGGACGGUAGACGCGAGAUCGUGUACACGAUUCCAGCCAACACUGUGCUCAAGGGAGGAAAGACGAUGAAGAUCUAUGCCCGUGAGCAAGGCGGAAUUCAUAUGCCACCAGAGACAUUGGUGUUCGAAGGAGAGAACACCUGGGGAAUCGGCGCCAACGUUGUCACUUCAUUGGUGAACAAAGAUGGCGAGGAGAGAGCUACUCACACCCAGAAGACCCUUCAGACCGGAAACUAA